AUGCCAGCGACUAGCUCCGCACCGUCGAAUCGUCAUUAUCAGGCCCUAGGGGUCUCGCGGGACCAACGCCGUCGCCAAGCUCCCUUUCAAAAGCCUCUGUCCUUGAAGCAGCAACACAAGCAACCCAGCGCCAACAUGAGCUUCCGGGCCAUGGACGAUGAAGAACGCCAGCCGCUCAUCCCCGGCCCGGGAUCGUACGCUGCCACCGCCAACGGUGGCGGUGAGAAUGUCGACCACCACGACCAGUUCUGCAACCUCGUCGGCGUAAGACCGCUCAACCACCCGCACGAGGAAGCACACCGGGCGCACCCGCAGUCGCUGUACGUCCGGGCCGUGGCGCGCCGCCAGGGCCAGAGCUGCACGUACAUGUUUACCGCGACACUUGUCAACACGCUGCUGCUUUCACAAGUCGUCCUCGGCGCCGCGCUGACGGGCCUCGGUGCCAGCGACAGCAGCCGCGUCCUCAUCACGAUAUUUGGCGCGCUCAACACCGUCAUUGCCGGCGUCGUCGCAUUCUUAAAGUCUCGGGGCCAGCCGAUGCGCGCCCGCAUGUUCCGCGACGACCUGUCGCGCGUCGUCGACGAGAUCGAAAACUCGGCCGUCAUGUGGUACGGCAUCAGCCAGGGCGCCCAUGGCUACGGCGCCAUCGACACCGACGACCAGGUCACCGUCCGCGGCGAGGUCGCGCGCCUCACCCGCCUCUACGACAAGGCCGUCAAGAAUAACACCAUGAACGACCCGGACAUGUACAACGCCAACGGCGGCGGCGACUCCUACAGCGCGGGCUUGCGUAAGGCAGGAGGCGCCCCUCCGGCGCCGGCACCGGCGGCCGUGGCGCCACCCGACUUUGCCGCCGGCGCUGCUCCGCCUCCAGCGCCAGCGGCCGAUCCGGAUGCCAGCCCGGCCAGCAAGGCUCCCGAGCCGUCCAAGGCCAAAUCGGAUACCAACAGUGAUAAGGGCGCUGAUGGUCCCAAGAGGGCCGACACUGCUCCCGCUGCUGCUCCCGCUCCCGAGGAUGCCGAACCUGCUGCCCAGACCAAGCCUGCUGAUGAUGCACCCGCUGCCGAUGCUACUGCUCCAGCUGCGACGCCAGCCACCGAGACCCCCAAGGCUGCAGCCGACAACAAGGCCGCCGAUAAGGACAAGGCCGCUGCCGACGCUGCCGCGCCUUCUCGUCCUGCCCCCGUCCAGGCCUUGCCAAGCUACGUCUCGCAGGAUCCUGAUGAGAGCCCGGCUAGCGCUGCCUCUUUUCCCAAACGUGAAUCAUCGACCAAGACGCUUGUCGACACCAAAUAG